AUUGACAUCCGAAACGCAAACAAAAAGCACACAGCCCCCACCCUUUUCAACACAGAGCAACCCGUUUCCCCUAAUUCUAACUGCUGAUAUCACACACACAAACAAUUAGCUUGAUUGUUGUAUCAAAUCCACCUUCCAAAUCAAUAAUUACAUACUCAGUGAUGUCUAGGGUUCCAGAGCCCCGAUAAUUUCGGAUGAUGUUACUGUGUUGCUUCAGGGUUAGGGUUUCUUCGAAUUUCUCAAUUUGUAUGGGUAAAGAAUGCCGGAAUUGCGCAGUGGAGUACGCCGUGGCUGUGCUCCGGUGGUAGAUAACAAUAACAAAACGGAAAAUUUAGUAGCUACUAAUAAGUAUAUCAAGACUCGGGCGGCCGUGGCCAGAGAAGCAGCUCAGAAACGCGAUAGGAAGCCGGUUGUGGAAAAGCCGAAAGCGCAAAGGAGGCGGAAGAAGGAGGAGGUGGUGAAAAAAGACGAUAUUCCGGAGAAGAAAGGGAAGGAAGUAGUGGGGAAAAUGGCGGAUGGGAGCGGUGGAUUGAGUGCGAAUAAGGGGACGGAGGAAGAAGAGGGGAAUACUGCUCCUUUUCCGGAGAGGGUGCAAGUAGGUGGAUCACCAAUAUAUAAGGUGGAGAGGAAGUUGGGAAAAGGUGGGUUUGGCCAAGUAUUUGUUGGUCGCCGUGUUUCAGGGGGAAAUGAUCGUCCAGGUGCAGGGGCUAUUGAGGUAGCUCUUAAAUUUGAACACAAAAACAGCAAAGGUUGCAACUAUGGCCCUCCAUACGAGUGGCAAGUGUACAACACUCUUGGUGGGAGUCAUGGAGUCCCAAAAGUACACUAUAAAGGGAAACAAGGGGACUACUAUGUAAUGGUCAUGGACAUGCUAGGGCCUAGCUUAUGGGAUGUUUGGAAUUCCUCAGGACAGGCGAUGUCAUCUGAAAUGGUUGCUUGCAUUGCUGUCGAGUCAUUGUCGAUCUUAGACAAGAUGCACGCAAAAGGUUAUGUGCAUGGAGAUGUGAAGCCGGAGAACUUUUUACUUGGCCAGCCAUCAACUGCUCAGGAAAAGAAGCUCUUUCUUGUUGACCUUGGAUUAGCAACUAAGUGGAGAGAAAGUAGUAAUCAACGGCAUGUUGAGUAUGAUCAACGGCCUGACAUGUUCAGAGGGACUGUUCGGUAUGCUAGUGUACACGCUCACUUGGGAAGGACUGCCAGUAGGAGAGACGAUUUAGAAUCACUCGCAUAUACCCUCAUUUUUCUUCACCGAGGCAGGCUGCCAUGGCAAGGGUAUAUGGGUGAUAAUAAAUCUUUUCUAGUUUGUAAGAAAAAGAUGUCGACUUCUCCUGAAAUAAUGUGUUGCUUUUGCCCUGCACCUCUAAGACAAUUUCUCGAGAUAGUGGUGAACAUGAAAUUUGAUGAAGAGCCUAAUUAUUCCAAGUUAAUAUCUCUUUUCGAGGGACUGCUUGGUCCAAAUCCAGCUAUAAGGCCUUUAAACAUUGAUGGUGCUCAGAAGAUUAUUUUUCAAGUAGGCCAAAAACGGAGUAGGUUGAAUCUUGAGGAUGAUGAUGAUGGACAGCCAACAAAGAAGGUGCGCAUGGGAGUUCCUGCUACACAGUGGAUAUCGAUUUACAAUGCUAGGCUACCUAUGAAGCAGAGGUAUCAUUAUAAUGUUGCAGAUGCCAGAUUGGGACAACAUGUGGAGAGAGGAAAUGCAGAUGGAUUACUAAUAAGUUGUGUUGCAUCUUGUUCCAACUUGUGGGCUAUUAUAAUGGAUGCUGGUACUGGCUUUACAAGCCAAGUUUAUGAGUUGUCUCCAUUUUUUUUACACAAGGAGUGGAUUAUGGAACAAUGGGAGAAGAAUUACUACAUUAGUUCGAUUGCUGGAGCUAACAAUGGAAGCUCCCUUGUAGUGAUGUCUAAAGGCACACAAUACUCCCAACAGUCUUACAAAGUUAGUGAAUCAUUUCCUUUUAAGUGGAUAAACAAGAAGUGGAGAGAAGGGUUUCAUGUGACCUCCAUGGCGACUGCUGGAACUCGUUGGGGUGUUGUCAUGUCCCGUAAUGCUGGCUUUAGUGACCAGGUUGUUGAACUUGAUUUUCUUUAUCCUAGUGAGGGUAUUCAUAGGCGCUGGGAUGCUGGUUACCGCAUUACAUCUACAGCUGCCACUUGUGAUCAGUCUGCACUAAUUUUGAGCAUUCCCCGGCGCAAACCAGGAGAUGAAACUCAGGAAACACUGCGUACGUCUCAGUUUCCAAGCACACAUGUUAAGGAAAAAUGGGCGAAAAAUCUCUAUCUUGCUUGUGUCUGCUAUGGACGGACAGUUUCUUAAGAGCCCUGCUUCACUGCACAUGCAUGAAAUUUGUUCUUGUUGAAAGAAUCUGACGAGCCUUCGGUUCUGUUUGGUUAGACUAAUGUUUCUGGUAUAUGUUAGUGUUAGUAAGGAGUCCUUCGGAAGUCAUUUUAGUUUGUUAAAUGUCUAUACCUAUGUACAUUUUUCUUACUUUUAAAGAAUGACCUCGCUAACAUAUGAAAAGAAUUUAACUGGACUGUAAAAUGCCCAUUUCCGUUAAGAGUUAUAAAUUAUCAUGAGACGGACGGCAUGGUAGAAAUAAGCUAGAGCUCUGUGGCUGC